CGAGACUAAAACAAGAAUCCAACACUUCUUCCGAUAGAACUUUAUGGGCCAAACUGUUUCGCAUCUCCGCCGGCAAUGGGUCUCCUGAGCUCGUACUCCCUCCCGGCAGCUCCUCCCCUCUCCCAAACCCUGGAAAAAUCUAGGUUUAGGGUUUCUUCCUCCUUCCUAUCAACAGUCCCUAAUCCAUCCCUUCGCCUAUUCGCCUCUUCGCGGUCCUCGUCGCGAGCUCCGCCCCCUAUGGCUGCUCUCCCUCCUUAUGGCGGCGGAGAAAACAAUUCUCCCAUCGCCACCCUCGGUUCAUCAUCUCGAGUUGGAGAGGUCAAAAGGGUGACAAAGGAGACAAAUGUGCAUGUGAAAUUGGAGUUGGAUGGCUCAGGAGUGGCCGAGUGUAGAACUGGGAUUCCAUUCCUAGAUCACAUGCUGGAUCAACUGGCAUCACAUGGACUAUUUGAUUUGCAUGUGAAGGCAUCUGGUGACACUCAUAUUGAUGAUCAUCAUACAAAUGAAGAUGUUGCGCUUGCAAUUGGCACGGCACUACUUCAGGCACUCGGAGAUAGAAAAGGAAUUCACCGAUUUGGACACUUUUCAGCUCCUCUUGAUGAAGCUGCUAUUGAAGUUAUACUGGAUCUAUCUGGCCGUCCUCACUUGAGUUAUGAUUUAAGCAUCCCUACUGAAAGGGUUGGGACAUAUGACACGCAGCUGGUGGAACAUUUCUUUCAGUCUCUGGUGAACACGUCUGGGAUGACUCUUCACAUUCGUCAGCUUGCUGGUAAAAAUUCACACCAUAUUAUUGAGGCAACUUUCAAGGCCUUCGCAAGAGCUCUUCGACAAGCAACAGAAUUUGACUUGCGUCGUCGCGGGACUGUGCCUAGCUCAAAAGGGGUUCUUUCACGUUCCUAGAGGUCCCAAAGUGAAUAUUUUAGGAACAUGAUAUAUUCCUUGACAUUUAAUGUGGCCUGCCGUCUGUGCAUUUGGUUUCUGAUCAGAGAAAAGAAAGACGUGUGGGCUCUCUGUGUCAGCUUGUAUCAGUCCUCUCCAGCAAUUCAUGCCUUUUUUGUUCUACCCCAAGAGCUAAUGUGUGGCAUGAGGAGCAAUGAGGGGUCAGAACAUGAUAUUAUGAUAAGCCAAAUCUGUUAUAAUUUAAUGGAUAUCUUAUGAUAGGCCAAAUCUGUUAUAAUUUAAUGGAUAUUUUAUGACACAAUGUAUGCUUUAAAUUAUGUUGCAAUAGCUUUGUAUUAUAACAUUGUCAUCGAAUGGCACUUCGCUGGUUAUGUCUUUGAAGGUAUAAAGAUGGUUCAUGAUGCUUUUGUAUCA